GCGUUGCUUUACGGCGAUUCGAGCAGUCGCGUCAAGCUGACUAUUCCGGGCUUUUGGCUACUUGGCUCCGCACGUGGGCCGCCGUAGGUAUUCCGAUCGCUAAUUCCUCCUAUUGGUGUGCAGCAGCCACAUUGAAGGAUAGAGUGGCAACAGAGGCCAAGUAUUGUGAGUUGAUGGAGUUUGCUGCUGAAAAUGAAGGGAAGUCUGGGGGAGGUCUCCACAGCGUAGCUGAGGGGGUGCGGCUAAGUCCAGAGCCUGGCAGGGAGGGAGUCAGGCACUUAGCGCGGGCGGAGGAGGUCGGCGGCGGAGAGGAGGGGAAAGGGCUGACAGGAAUGAAGGAGAUAGGGGAUGGAGAGAAAGGAAGUGAACAAAGGCCAGAGGAAAUACCGAUGGACCUAACGGUAGUGAAGCAAGAAAUUAUGGACUGGCCAGAUACAGAAGGCAGAUUGGCUGGCCAGUGGGUAAAACAGGAGGUGGAGGAUAGGCCUGAGGUGAAGGAUGAGAACGCAGGCGCAUUGGAGGUGAAGCAGGAGAUGGAUAGUAGUUUAGUGGUAAAAGAGGCGAAGGUGGGUGACCCAGAGGUAAAGGAAGAGAAGGUAAAGGAAGAGGUAAUGGACUGGUCAGAAGUGAAGGAAGAGAAGGAUAACUCGGAGAUAAAACAGGAGGAGAAGUUUGUUGGUCAAUACAUAAAAGAGGAAGUGAUGCAUGGAGAGUGUGUAAAAGAAGAGAAGGAUUUCCUGAAGAAAGAAACCGUGGAUGAUACAAAGGUGAAAGAAGAGCUUCCGAUAAAUCACCCGGUGGGUUGCAAGCGGAAACUGGCCAUGUCAAGGUGUGAAACUUGUGGUACAGAAGAAGCAAAGUACAGAUGUCCACGUUGUAUGCGAUAUUCCUGCAGUUUGCCCUGUGUAAAGAAACACAAAGCAGAACUGACAUGUAAUGGAGUUCGAGAUAAAACUGCAUACGUUUCAAUACAACAGUUUACUGAAAUGAAUCUCCUAAGUGAUUAUCGAUUUUUGGAAGAUGUGGCAAGAACAGCGGACCAUAUUUCUAGAGAUGCUUUCUUGAAAAGACCAAUAAGCAAUAAACAUAUGUACUUUAUGAAAAAUCGUGCCCGAAGGCAAGGUAUUAACUUAAAACUUCUACCCAAUGGAUUCACCAAGAGGAAGGAGAAUUCAACCUUUUUUGAUAAGAAAAAACAGCAGUUUUGUUGGCAUGUGAAGCUCCAGUUUCCUCAAAGUCAAGCUGAGUACAUAGAAAAAAGAGUACCAGACGAUAAAACUAUUAAUGAAAUCCUAAAGCCUUACAUUGAUCCUGAAAAGUCUGAUCCUGUAAUUCGUCAAAGGUUGAAAGCCUACAUUCGCUCUCAGACUGGGGUUCAGAUUUUAAUGAAGAUUGAAUAUAUGCAGCAAAAUUUAGUAAGAAUUCUGAUUUCUUUGAAUUUUGGAAGAAGAGAAUAUUCUGUCAGAGUCAAGUUUGACUGGCUUAGAUAUUAUGAACUAGAUCCUUACAAAAGUCUCCUAGACAAUUUGAGGAACAAAGUGAUCAUUGAGUAUCCAACAUUACAUGUGGUAUUGAAAGGAUCCAAUAAUGACAUGAAAGUUCUUCACCAAGUGAAAAGUGAAUCUACCAAGAACCUUGGCAAUGAAAAUUGAGCACUUUUUUCUGGAAGAAGAAUGUGAAAACUUCCAGACAACUGCAGCAGACUCUGCAUUGAUGGACUGUUGGCUGAUUGGGGUAUUGUCAAUGGGUGAUGGUGGAAUUUUUUCUUUGUAUGAAAAAUAAGCUUAACUCUUUUAAAAAAUGUAUCUUAUAGCCUCUUGAAUUAACUGACUUGUAAGACCCCUUUAUUCAUAUUAAGAACUCUCCUUUGCACUUGAUCAGCAUAGUACUUAUUAGGCCUUGGCUUUUAAUAUGCUUAAUUCCAUAAACUGAAAACCUUUUUUUUUCUUUUCUCUUUCUUUUUUUUUUUGAAAUGGAAUCUUGGAGUGCAAGUGGUAUGAGCAUAGCUUCCUCAAACUCCUGGGCUCAAAUAGUCCUCCCACUGCAGCCUCCCAACAGGCUUAUACCACCACACUCAGCUAAUUUUUUUUUUUUUUUUUUGUGGUAGAGAUAGGGUUUCGCUCCUUUGCCCAGGCUGGUCUCAAAUUCCUGGCCUCAAGCAAUCCUUCCACCUCAGCCUCCAAAGCUUUGGGAUUACAGGCAUCAGCCACCACAUCUGGCCUUGAAAACUUUAUUUGUUAAUUUGAUGCGUGACCAAACCCAAGGAUCACCCGUGUCAACCACAAAGUUGGUAUUCUCUUUAGUAGAACUUCACUAAACAGAAAGGCAGUGCAAUGCACUGUCUAGCCACAGGAGAACUAAUCUUCCAUCAGUUGCCCUUUCUUAUCUUUGGAGUUUAUAUGUAACUUACCCUUAUGAGACAACUUUUCCACUUGAGAAACUCCUAGUACAAUGUCUUGUGCUAGAAGCCUGGAUAAAUACUAUUAACUACUGUUUCUUAUAUUCACUUGAGAAAAUCAAUGGCUCCACAUUGUUUGAGCCAUUAGUGCUAACAAAUUUGGAUUUACUUAUUCAAGUCUUAUGAAUUCUGUGCCUUUCAUCACAUUCCUAGUCCACUCUCAUCAUUACUGCAAAAGGGUGUUGUGAUGGCCAGUUUUAUACUGUGUUUUGAUAUGUCUAGCAAUAACUUAAAGAAAAAAAAACUGGGAAAUCUUCAACAUGUUAUUGGAAUGUGUAUAUAUGUAUUAAUGUAUAUACAUGGCUUAACUUAUACAUUAUGGCAGCUCUGUAUACAGUUUGAUCUCACAUACUGAAAAAAAAUUCUUAAUUUUAUUGGAGUUUAUACCACUAUGAAACUGCAAUAUGACUGUAAGAGAGUAAAAAAGAUUGUUACAUCUGCA